CGGAUUGAAGACACACGGUGUGCUAAGACAUGAUAUAUUAGUUAAUUGAAAUAAGUGUUAAAAUGGCUUGGACUCAGAAAAGUGUGGUAUUUGUGUGUGUGUGCGCAUUGGUGAGGACUCAGGUGAUCCCGGGAAAGUCGAGAACGAACGAUGGUGAUUACAACACAGUGAACACGGAUGGAUCCUUUGAUUUUGGAUAUACAAACACAGACCGAGGUGCCGCCUACCAUUUAGCACACGGUACCGCAAACGGACUGGUCGGUGGCCGGUUCGGUGCUCGUGAUCCUGCUACCGAUACCGUGAAAGAAACUGUUUACACCGCUGGGCCUAGAGGAUUUCGAGCAAAGGGUGCAAACAUACAUAGAAAAAUGGACUUGGAUCAAAGACCUCGUGGUCCAAUCGGUAACAAGGAUGACCCUUAUUUUGAUCCCAAUGAGGAUCCCAGUUACUCUUUCAAGUUUGAUACCAGGACUUACUCUAAAAACGAGAAUGCUGAUAGUAGAGGAGAUGUCAAAGGCCAUUACUCGUUUGUGGAUGACGUGGGUGAGCGUCACGAUGUCUCCUACAUAGCAGGCAGAGAUACAGGAUUCCACGUAUCUUCCGCCCAUCCAGACAGCCCUAAUCUUAUCGGCUCACCAUUUCAUCGAUCACCGCUGGUAAGAGGAGAGACCAGACCACGUGGUCGGACGGCAGUUCAACGAGGAUUAGAUGGGUCAUACAGGUUCAUAUCAGCAGGCCCAGAUCAGAGAAGAACAGAGAGCAGCGAUUCCCAUGGAAAUGUUAGGGGAUCGUACACAUUUUUAGACGACAAAGGUGUUCAAAGAACUGUAAAUUACAUAGCUGGUCCCGGUAUCGGCUACAGAAUAGUGAAGAACAACAAGGAUCCUUACAUCCCAUCAUUCUUCCCCACCAUUCCAAGUGCUUACGAUCCAGACUUUGUAGGCGCUGGUUCCUCCACAGGAUUUUCACCCGAUGAUAGCGGCGCUGAUGACGUAUUUAAAGGACCAGACGGCACUGCAGCAUCCGGGCACGUAAAACCACCUCCAUUUCCUUCUAACGAUAAAGAACGACCAAACAAGCCCAGUUCAGGAUCAACUGGCUCAAGUGGCUCCAAUGGUAGUGGUUCUAAUGGAUCUGGUAAUGGAGGAAGUAGUAGCUUUGGUUCUGGAGGAAGCAACUCGUUUGGUGGUAUUCCUACCGGAGGUGCCUUUGGUAGUGGCUCAACUACUGGUUCCUUCGGCCCUGGCACAGGCAGUGGUGGCUCCUUCGGCCCUGGCACAGGCAGUGGUGGCUCCUAUGGUACUGGAAAUGGAUUGUUCAGCAGUGGCACUAGUGGUGGUAGUUAUGGGACUGGCACUUCUGGUGGCAAUUUUGGCAGUGGUACAUUUGGUAGUGGCACUUCAAGUGGUGGUUCCACUAGUGGUAAUGGCGGCGACAGUUCAGAUGGCGACGAUGACGGUGAUAGCGGUUACCAAGGCCCCGACUUCGGUCAGGGAAAUGAAGAUAUAGGCUACGUCGACGAAGAUGUCUCAGGUUUCGGAGCGAUCAUCAAACCAACGAAAGGAUCAGGCAAACCGGGUCGGCCCACCAGCAAGCCUUAUAGGCCAACGAAGAAACCUUAUGUGCCUCUAAAACCUUUCCAGCCAGCCAAUAAUAAAGAUGACGACGGCGGUUAUGAUGACGGGAAAGGAGACAAAAACACGCCACAGUUUGCUAUAGGAUUUAAUAUACACCACAAUAAGCCGGGUACCACAAUUAUUAGGAAUAUAGGUCAGGAUUACUUUGGGGUACCGCCCGGAGUUUCGGUCAGGGCUCACGUUCAGAGCAUUGAUUUAUAUCCAUACGAUUCGAAGCCUAUUUCGCCGUCUGAAGCGUUAGAGAAAGACAAAACAUAAUAAUAUUACUUGUUAACAUUAAAAAAAUCUUAAAUAAAACAUUAAAAUGUGUAAUAUCAUUUAACUGUAAAAUAAGCGAACUUUUAAAUUAUUUAACGA